AUGUCUCUCAAUAAAAAUAUCUCACCGCAAUCUCUGAAUCAAUCAGCUUCUGCAGGUCUUCCUGUUCCUCUUGCUGCCCAAACCUCAUUGAGCAGCCUGAAUUCCAGCUUUGUCCCUCAUCAACCUACUUUACUACCAGUUGCUUCAAAUUCUGUAAACAUUCCCAUGCACCAUUGCUCAUCAAUUUCCUCGUUGCAGAGUGCUCCUAUUGCUGUCCCGUCGCAACCAAUAAAUCCCCCUGAAAAUGGACGUUCAUUGUCAUAUCCAUCAACUGCCGCCUAUUAUAAAGAGUACUAUGUAAAAGUAAUGAAUUACUUGAAAAGUCGUAUUGAUGCUGUGGAAAGUAGUAAUUCAUCCAAGCCAAAUCAAUUUCAAACAGCUCCACCAAACGGUAUCCCGAGUGGUCUACCUCAAGAUAAUGAUCCAUGGAGUCAUGCAGAAGCUGUUAUGAAAGGAUACUUCCAUCAACGUGGUUCUCGCGAAUUCGAUUGGGCCAGCUGGAAUAACUAUCUUAGUUGGAUUUCUCGACUUCAUCCGACCUGGUAUGAAUGCUUCUGUGAAUGCAGCAGGAACUUGGGCAUCGAUUGGAAUGUAAUGUACAAAAAGUUCUUAGAAUCUAAAUCUCUUACUGGUGACCAUACUCCCGCUUUUGAUCUUUCCAAGCCUCCACCGACAACCACAUCCGAUCCCCAACAAGCACCUCCUCCACCCAUUAAAAAUCCCUUUCCCCUGAUGUCCAUUCCCCCACCAACGGAUGCUCGAGUUUGGUGUGAGGAUUGCGAUCUUUACCUCCCCGAUCAGAGAGCUUUCGAUAUCCAUCUUCGGGCUGUUGUGCACAUUCAGAAUGCCCUCACAAAAACCAUCACUCAAAAUGUGAGUGCUGUCCUGGACAUUCCACCUCCUCAAAUUACGCAGACAAAGAACCCGUUACUCCCUUUGGAACCCUUGAGCCUACCUCAAAAUAAGUCGUUUGUAGACAUUUCUCGUCCAAACCCGAAAGUUCGACUGCGACUUCAGCACCUCUUGGAUAUUUGCAUCCAACCUCUGAUCGGUCUCAAUUACGUCAUUGAGUUCCAACGCAGGAAUCUUCUCGAUUGCAUUUACGUUUGUGAUCUAUGUAAUAAGCGUGCAUUUCUUCCCUCGGCUGUUAUCCAACACGUUUGCAGUCGAAAACACCGAAUGACUUACCUAAAGUACCACUAUCCUCCCCUCUUCCAUUUAAUUAAACUAGAUAAGAGUUGUGCUUUGGUGAAGAAACGGCGUUUGGCUUCUUAUGCUCAGCAGAUUGAGUCGAGCGAAGGUCGUAAACGUCUCAGCAUCAUGAUGGAGAAGGAGAAUUCCUCUUUCAAGACUCGCGAGGGACCUCCCAGAACAAAUCUCCGAAAGUUAAAGCAUUCCUUAACAGCAGUUCAAGAAAAAGACAAAGAAAAGGACGGUAGUGAAAAGCCAUCAGAUCCCUUGCUUACUUCAGGUCUUGGAGCUCCUGAAUCUAAAGUUAAAAUACCCGAAAAGGAUGAAGAGACGAAGCCUUUGGCAAUCCCGUCUUCACCUGCGGUCGAUUCGAAAAUAACUGAUAAGAUCUUAUCAGAUAGAUUUGAAAAUGAAGAUAUUGAAGAAGGUGAGAUGCUGGACUGUUCUUCUACGUCCUCCUACGUUGACGCUGUAGAUGAUGAUGGUAGUCAAGAAGAUGAGAAUUCUUAUCUACCACCAUAUUCGAAACAGAAUGAUCAACUCGAAACUGGCACUCGUUGUGGGAGGGGUGUAAUUUUCUCCCCCUCUCAAUCAUCUGACGAAGAUGAAGAGGAAAGUAGUCACGAAUUACCUAGCUUCUUUACCUCUGGGUUGGAGAGUCAGCCUGGAGAUGCAACAUCGUCGAUUCAAGUUUAUUUACCGGAUUUCGAAGUGGGCUUUGUGAGUGAAAGGCCACAACUGCCAGCUAUAAGCGUUGAGGAGAAAGAAUCUAAAUGUGAUGAAGUUUCGUCGGAAUUUAUUGAUGAAAUAACGAACGAAGGUCUAUUGAAUGUGCAAAGGGAGGACUCAAUUAAGUCCCGGGAAUCCUCUUCUGAGACGAAAUUUCCACCCACUGACUCUCAGCUGGCAGAAAGUUUUCAGCACGAGGUUCAAUGGGCUCUUAAGUGCGUGGAAAAGGCUCAACGAAAGACUAACCACCUUCAAUUUCACUUUACCUCCCAGCCCAAAUCCACAACCUCAUCUCCUCUUCUUCCCAAUCCACCUAAACUUGCCACCGCAACAACAACUCAAAAUGAUGUAAGCUCCAUCAAUCCUCCUGCAUCCACCAAUGGCGAAAGUGCAUCCGAUAUUGUUACACGUGCAGUCAGAGUUCUCUUAGGUGAAUUCAAGCCCCCCUUGCUUUCGCCUCCAAAACCAGCUCCAACUCAGCCGACGUCAACAACAGCGGCGAAAACGCCGUCGCGUACUCUUUUACAACAGCCUCCAUUCAUAUCCACUCUUCCCACCAUGAUGACAAUAUCUUCAAAGGGGGAAGGUACUUCAGAACCUGCCAAGGACGGCAGUGAGAGUUCGCCUCCUAAACUUCCAAAGGUCGAUAAACUUGAUGGUGUUAAAAGUCUUCUGGCCACUCCGAUCGAUGCUUUAAAUGCUCUUCUUAGUAGCGGUUCCUCAACUUCUAAUCAACCUCAAGGGGAUAACCAACAGAAACAACCACAGCAAUCUCCCAUUUUAUACACAACCCAAACCUCAACAAGUACUACUACAACCCCAGCUCCCACAGAGAUAUUUGACGGUUAUAGCUUCUUUAAUCGUCAGGUGGAAGUGGAGCAAAAGGCCAAAACACAAGAGCAAGAUGUGGUAGAAAAGCAGCAAGAAAAGAGACAGGAGGGAGAUUCAACCAGUAUCGCAAAUAAGGCAAAGAAACCCCCUCUACUUAGCCAUCGUCCUAGAGCCGGCACAGGUACUACCACUUCGGCCACUCCCACUCGUAGUAGACUGGCUGCAUUUGCUGACAUGUAUGGGUUGAAUGAGAGACCAUUUCCUCAGCCUCCAUCCACACCACAGCAAGCAGUGCCACAACAACAGAAUUACUCUACCACACAGUCGGUGUUGCCACCUCAACUGCGUUCCGCCCCUACUAUCAGCAUCAAUCCCACAGCUGCAAUACAACAGGCUGCUGCGAUACAGGCCUCUCAAAACGCCUGGCUAGCUGCGGCCACAGCGUCUCUCUGGCAACAACAACAACAGCAACCACAGGUUCCCUUAUUGAGCACUCCUGGGACUCCCUUAGCUGCCGCUAACCCAUCUUUGGGAUUGAAUCCUGUGGCGGCCGCUGCAUUUGGUGGUGGUACUCUUCAACCCAAUACCUUCAUGGUGCCUCCAAAUUACUUUGGAAGUGGACCGAUCCUACGACCACACCAAUGGGGACCUUGA